CCGGAUUCGAUUGAUAUGAUUAUCCUAACAUUCCUUUUGUUUUGUGCAACAGUUGUUGCAGAAAAUUCGAUCCAUAUUCAGUAUUUUAGGAGGCCUGAAGAGUAUGGAAUCUUCAAAGUGAUUAUCGAUGGAUCUAGGCAAUGGGAAAGUUAUAUUUAUAUGAAUAGAUCUGCAAAUUUAAGAGAAGAAGAGAUUUAUAAGUUGGUGAAGCCGUUUUUUGAGCAAGAUCCAUCAACAAGACGGUAUGAAUCUUCUUCAAUCACGAGGCAUCUUGGAAAACAGUUUGAGUAUAUUCUGAACAGAUAUACAAUUGAUGAAAUUGCCUUUGAAAACUUAUGCAGCCAGAUGAAGCCCAAGUUUUCUUCAAUUAUUUUAUCUACAACUCAAACACCUAAAAAGAUUAAGUGGGUCGUUGAGCAUCCGAGUGCUCCAUUCACAAUUCCAACUGGAUUCACAAAGAAUAUGGGGAGAGAUGAGUAUCAGAUUGAAAUUGGUGGAAAAGCUAAAUUGGAUGACGAUAACUUUGAUUUCGAAGCAUUGCAAAAUACACAAAAGUUGAUUAUCAAACAGCCAACGGAGUUCAAAAAUGGAGUAAACGGGAAACGACUUUUGAAGUUUUUUGCUCCAGAACUUUACAUGGAGGGGACAAAUGAGAUAGAUUCGGAUAGUUUGAAAGAAUUCGGAAAGGAGUGGCUCGAGGGAGAUCGUAUUGUUCGAAAUUGGGAAAUCCAUCUUUACGACGAAAAACAAUCAGAGAAUCUUUACUUCGAGAAAAAUGGAACAACUCUUCAACUUACUAUUGAGAAUGGUCGUUUUACCGCAUCAACUUAUAAGACGCCGGAAGGUCUCAUUUAUACGUUUACUUCUCUGUGAUAUAAAUUUAAUUUCGGAAUAAAUGAAAGUUAAUG